GAAUCAUACGAUCAAUUGUAUGCAUAUCUUUUAACAAAAAAAAAAAAGUGUAUGCAUGUCUUUCUUUCGAUUAUACUUUUCCUCACCUUUCUUUUGAUCGAUAAAAACAAAAUCUACAUGCAUGCAUGCAUGCAUGCGUAUGUUUCAACGUUGUUUUGUUUUCUUGACGAGAGUUAAUUAUCGCCAAGAAAGACUAAAGAACGCAUAUUUUUAUGUGGUUCCGACAUUAUCGUAUGAUUAGGACAAGGACAGUGUUCAGCGCACUUGUAGUGGUUUUGGCCGUAAGCGGUUUCCCGGCGACAGAAUCCGGGCGGCCUGGAAACUUGGCAACCGCAGGAGUUGAAUAUUCGGCAUUGAACUGCCGAAAACACACCGCCGUAAUAACGGAUUUCGGUGCAGUGGGCGACGGAAAAACAUCGAACACAAAGGCAUUUAGAGAGGCCAUAAGCAAACUUGGCCAGAGGGCGGCCGACGGAGGAUCCCAACUCGUUAUCCCGCAGGGAAAAUGGCUCACCGGAAGUUUCAACCUCACCAGCCAUUUCACUUUGUUCAUCCAAAAAGGCGCCACAAUUCUUGCUUCUCAGGAUGAAUCCGAGUGGCCAGUGGUCGCACCUUUGCCGUCGUACGGAAGAGGUCGAGACGCUCCCGGACCAAGAUUCAGCAGUCUAAUCUUUGGUACAAACCUAACCGAUGUGGUUAUCACCGGUAACAACGGGACGAUCGAUGGGCAAGGCAAGUACUGGUGGGUCAAGUACCGUAAGGGAGAGUUCAAAUUGACGAGACCGUACAUGAUCGAGGUCUUAUUCUCCGACAACGUUCAGAUUUCCGACAUUACAUUGAUAGAUUCACCUUCAUGGAACGUUCAUCCCGUUUACUGCAAGAACGUUAUCGUCAAAGGCCUAACCAUUCUAGCUCCCAUCGAUUCUCCUAACACCGACGGAAUCGAUCCAGAUUCUUGCACAAACACUCUAAUCGAAGACUGUUACGUCGUCUCCGGCGAUGACUGCAUCGCGGUCAAGAGCGGUUGGGACCAAUACGGAAUUAAAGUCGGUAUUCCGACACAACAACUCUCGAUCCGAAGACUUACAUGCAUCUCACCGGACAGCGCAGGAGUAGCACUCGGCAGCGAGAUGUCCGGAGGAAUCAGAGAUGUCCGGAUCGAGGACUCGACAAUGAUCAAUACGCAAUCGGGUAUCCGAAUCAAGACCGCGAUCGGACGAGGAGGCUACGUGAAGGAUAUAUUCGCACGUCGGAUAAUGAUGAAGACGAUGAAGUACGUUUUCUGGAUGAGCGGCGCUUAUAAUCAACACCCUGAUGAACACUUUGACCCUAAGGCGUUGCCGGAGAUUACGAACAUUAACUACCGUGACAUGAUGGCGGAUAACGUCACGAUCUCGGCGAGGCUCGACGGGAUCGAGAAGGAUCAGUUUACGGGUAUAUGUAUAUCGAAUGUGAAUAUAUCAUUGUCGCCGAAUCCGAAGAAGUUGCAAUGGAACUGUACGGAUGUCGCUGGAGUUACGAGCAGGGUUUCGCCGCCGGCGUGUAGUUUGUUGCCGGAAAAAGGUUCUCCGGUGGACUGUAAAUUCCCGACAGACAAGAUUCCGAUUGAGAGUAUUGUUAUGAAGAAGUGUUCGGUUUAGAGUUGGCUAAAUGUCACUCAUUGAUGUUUUUAUUUAUUUAUUUUCAUAUGAAAAUAAAUUUAAAGAAUGGUGCACCUUCUCAAA